ACCACCACCAACGAAUCAACCCUAGGAAAUUCCUUUUUGCCUCACUUUCACAAAAACCCUAGCUUCCACUUCUCCCUUAAACCCUAAAGCCUUCUCUCUUCGUCUCGUUUUAUCCGUCUCUCGCUUAGCAAAUCCGCAAUGGAGUUUUGGGCUGCUGAGGUUAAAGGUGGAGAGCCUUUCAAGGUUGAGCCUGGUGAGGGUAUGGUUCUGCAUCUUUCACAGGCUUCUAUUGGUGAGGUUAAAAAGGAGAAAGGGAAUGAAACCAUCUGUCUGUUUGUGAAUGUGGAUGGACAGAGGCUUGUUCUUGGAACACUUUUCUCUGAGAAACUCCCUCAGCAACAAUUUGACUUGGUAUUUGACAGAAAUUUUGAGUUAUCACAUAACUGGAAAAGCGGAAGUGUCUACUUCUAUGGCUAUAGGGCUAACAACCCUUUUGACGAGGAGGAUGAUGGGGGUGAUUUUGAUUCUGAUUCUGAAGAGGAGAUUCCACUUACAAUUGCAAACAAUGGUAAACCCGAGAUCAAGGUUAAGGAAGACAAACCUGCUGACAAUAAAAAGGCUAAAGCUGAGAAGGAUUCUAAGCAAAAGGUGAAGAUUGUGGAACCAAAUCAGGAUCUCCUUAAACGUGAUGAAAAUGAUGAUUCCAGUGAUGAAGAUGAUGAUUCUAGUGAUGAAGAUGAUGAUGCCUCUUUGGAUGAGGUAUUAAAUCUGAAGGAUGAGGAUGAGAGUGACACUGAUGGAGAUGAUGAGUCAGAUGAAAGCGAUGAAGAGACACCAAAGAAGGUUGAAAUCAGCAAGAAGAGAGCUAUUGAGUCAGCCGUCAAAACACCUGGUCCUGAUAAGAAAGCUAAAUUGACAACUCCUCAAAAAACAGAUGGCAAGAAGGGUAGUGGGCAUGUGGCUACACCUCAUCCUGCAAAACAGGCUGGGAAGAACAAAAAUCAGCAAACUCCAAAAUCUGGAGGUGGGUCGCAUAAUUGCAAGACAUGCAGCAGGGCAUUUGGCUCUGAAAAUGCUCUGGAAUCCCACACAAAGGCAAAACACAGUGCUGGAAAGUGAAGUAGGAUUCUCAAAAUGAUGGCCUAAAAGACCUGAUGGAAUGGAAGAGACUUUUAAACUAUUUGUAGGCUGAUUCAGCUGAUGUAAAGUUGAGAGCUGUUAGCUAGGUUCUGCUUUAUUACAUGUUAUUCUCUGCGGCCUUUGUUUUGGGUUGGGUGUUUUUUUUUUUUGUUUCCCCGCGCACGGCGUUGGGGGGGGGGGGUUGUUUGGGUACCAGUGGCAGAUCAAAAUGGAUUAUGGAACUUACAUUUUUUACCCCUCGCGAUGGUUUUUGGUUUGCUUAAUUGAAGUUCCAAAUGCCUUGAUAUUUUGGGCAAAGUUUUAUGCA